UACUCCAGCCAUCUCAUGGUACUUCAAAACAACGGAAGGGAAGUCAUCAAGCGAGAGGGCACAGGCACAGAGAUGCCCAUGAUUGGGGACCGGGUCUUUGUCCACUACACUGGCUGGCUGUUAGAUGGCACUAAGUUUGACUCCAGCCUGGACCGCAAGGACAAAUUCUCCUUUGACCUGGGAAAAGGGGAGGUCAUCAAGGCCUGGGACAUUGCUGUGGCAACCAUGAAGGUGGGGGAAGUGUGCCAUAUCACCUGCAAACCAGAAUAUGCCUACGGUUUGGCGGGCAGCCCUCCAAAGAUCCCCUCCAAUGCCACACUUGUGUUUGAGGUGGAGUUGUUUGAGUUCAAGGGUGAGGACCUGACGGAAGAAGAAGAUGGCGGCAUCAUCCGCAGAAUACGGACGCGGGGUGAAGGCUAUGCCAGGCCCAAUGAGGGCGCUAUUGUGGAGGUGGUACUGGAAGGGUAUUACAAGGACCGGAUGUUCGACCAGCGCGAGCUCCAAUUUGAGAUCGGCGACGGGGAGAAUCUGGACCUGCCUUGCGGACUGGAGAAGACCAUUCAGCGCAUGGAGAAGGGGGAACGCGCCAUUGUGUACCUCAAGCCCAGCUAUGCUUUCGGCAACGUUGGGAAGGAGAAGUUCCACAUCCCACCCCAGGCCGAACUGAAAUACGAAAUUCACCUCAAGAAUUUUGAGAAGGCCAAGGAGUCGUGGGAGAUGAAUUUGGAGGAGAAGCUGGAACAGAGUGCCAUAGUGAAGGAGCGGGGUACUGUGUACUUCAAGGAGGGCAAGUACAAGCAAGCAGUACUGCAGUAUAAGAAGAUCGUGUCCUGGUUGGAAUAUGAGUCCAGUUUGUCGGGUGAGGUGACCCAGAAGGCACAGGCUCUUCGACUAGCUUCCCACCUCAAUCUGGCCAUGUGUCACCUGAGACUCCAGGCCUUCCCGGCUGCCACUGAGAGCUGUAACAAGGCCCUGGAACUGGACAGCAACAAUGAGAAAGGCCUCUUCCGCCGGGGAGAGGCCCACCUGGCCGUGAACGACUUUGAGCUGGCCCAGGCCGACUUCCAGAAGGUCCUGCAGUUGUACCCCAGCAACAAGGCGGCCAGGGCCCAGCUGGCCAUCUGCCAGCAGCGGAUCCGCAAUCAGCUCGCACGGGAGAAGAAGCUCUAUGCUAACAUGUUUGAGCGGCUGGCCGAGGAGGACAGCAAGGCCAAGGCAGGGAUAGCUUCAGGAGACCGAAAUUUGGACGCGGAGAUGAAGGAUGAGCAGAACGGCAUGGCAGGGAGCCAGUCCCAGGUGGAGCCGGAACCAUAGCCUCUCCCCACCCUCUGCCUGCGGCCGCCACCUCCCUCCCUGGUGCCCUCCCUGUCUCCACCCUAUUAGUUUUGUAAAAACUGAAGAAUUUUGAGUGAA